AUGUCUCUCACAGACUCAAUAUCCGUAUUUUCCGAGGGGACAUUCGAGGAGCAGAUCCAGGAAUUGGUAAACUACAUCGUUCGAGGACGAUCAGAAGAAGAACGCGGUGAGGCCAUCCGUCCGUUCCAAGUCGCUUUGAAGACACAGGAUGGCGCCGAGUUGGAUCUCGCACGGCGCCAGAAGGUGCUUUCGAUGGUCCUGGCCGACGUGAAAGGCCUGGGAGACGGUACAGACAGAGAAAUCGAGGGAUUCUUCAACUUGAUAUAUUCCCAUCUCUUCUCUCUCUAUGCUAGCGAUUCGCCAGAGGCCACGCAGCACGUGUCUACGUUGAUAGAAACGAUAGUUGGUGCUUCAACCGAUGCACCUUCCAUCAAAUACCGAAUCAUCACAAACCUCUUCAAUAUCGUCGAUCGUCGAUCCCCCCUCCGUCUAACCGCUUACAACGCCCUCUUGGAUCUGGCCAUUCAGCGGGACGAGCUGAGCAUCGUCCAACCGAACAAAGAAAACAUCGACAGAUGGCUUUCGGAGUGGGAUGUUUCGUCGGAGCAGAAGAGCCAACUGCUGAAGAAGAUCUCGGACGCGUACCAGCAAGCAGGUGAUCCGACAACAUCGUAUGAAUACCUUCUAUCAUACGUUCGCUCGAUCCCCCCUUCAUCCCCUGAUUCUCAACCUGCUGCCGUUGAAGCGAUCGCGACCGCUCUACGCCUUCCGUCGACUUUCGACUUUGAUUCCCUAUCCAAACUCGAGGGAGUAGUCGCCGCGAAAGACCACGAAAUAUACGGCCUUCUCCAAAUAUUCCUCGGUGGCGGCUUGUCAGAUUAUCUGUCUUGGGAGGCCAGCCACGCAGACGUUUUCGAGAAAUACAACCUCGACAAAAGCCAACUCACACGCAAAAUCCGCCUUCUCUCCCUCGCGUCCAUGGCGUUCCAGCACGUCGGUCGCGAUCUUCCUUAUGCUAAAAUCUCAGAGACGAUCCAAGUAGAACCGACAGAAGUAGAAAAAUGGGCAAUCGACGUCAUCCGCGUCGGAUUGAUCUCGGGAAAGCUCUCCCAAACUACGCAAACGAUGCACAUCAUCCGCUCAACUCCUCGAACGUUCGAAAACGAGCAAUGGCAGCUAUUGGAGAAACGGUUGGUUGCAUGGAAAACUGGCCUGGCGUCAGUAUUGGAGGUCAUCUCGAAUGCAAGGGGCGGGGCACCAACUCAAGCCGCCGCCUGA